GUAGACAGCUGGUCCCUGGGCGUUCUCCUCUACAUCCUGGUCCACGGCACGAUGCCGUUCGACGGCCACGACUACAAGACUCUGGUCAAGCAGAUCACGAGUGGGGACUACCGGGAGCCCACGAAGCUGUCGGAUGCCUGUAGGCUGAUCCGGUGGAUGCUGAUGGUCAAACCGGAGCGCCGUCCCCUGGCCGCGGUGGCGGAGUGGCGUCGCCGCUCCUCCCGGCCCCUCCUGGAGAACGGCUCCAAGGUGCGAUGCUUCUUGAAGCAGCACAUCCCCGGCGUGGCCCUGGAGCGGCAGCGCUCCCUCAAGAAGUCCAAGAAGGAGAACGACGUCUCCCACGCGCUGCAGGAGGUGGCCCUGGCCCCCGAGAACCCCUCCAAGUCCAUCCUCAAGCGGCCCAAGGGCAUCCUGAAGAAGAGAAACUCCUGCGAGCAGAAGGUGCCUGGCCCUGGCCCUCCGCCCGCAGUGCCCGUGGGAGAGGCGAGGGGUGAGGAGGGCGAGGGGGCCGCUGCGGGUCUCACCCAGAUCCUGUCCUCCGGGACGCUGCCUUGCAGCAGGGAUGUUGGAGCGGUGCCCGCGGCCAUGCCCAAGAAGGGAAUACUUAAAAAGCCCUCGACGAGGGAGUCGGGGUAUUACUCAUCCCUGGAGUGCUGCGAGUCCGGGGAUGUCCUGGAUGCGGGGAGCUUGGACCUGGAUGGGAGCGUGUUUGGGGCCUGCGUCUCUGCCGACAGCCUCCUCCAGCUGGAAGAGGAGGAGGAGGUGGAGGAAGGGCGCAGGCUGCGCCGCUGGACUGUGACCCAUUGCCGGAGUCCCCUGGGAGAGAGCAGCUUGUCCCUGGCGGGCUGUGACAACGUCACCGAGGUCUACCGGCGCGCUGUGGCCAUCGGCAUGAAGCUGAGCUGA